GGCGUCGGGGUCGGCGGCCCUGCGCGCCCUGACGCCCUCCUCGCUGCUGCUGCUGCCCGCCGAGGCCGAGACGCGCCAGCGCCUGCUGCGCACCGCCAAGAAGGAGGUGAAGCAAAUCAUGGAGGAAGCCGUCACCAGGAAAUUUGUGCAUGAAGACAGCAGCCACAUUAUCUCUUUCUGCGCUGCGGUUGAGGCCUGCGUCCUGCACGGUCUGAAGCGUCGAGCAGCUGGUUUCCUGCGCAGCAACAAGAUUGCUGCUCUGUUCAUGAAAGUGGGAAAGACCUUCCCUCCAGCUGAAGAGCUUUCUCGAAAGGUGCAGGAUCUGGAGCAGCUCAUCGAGAAUGCACGCAACCAGGGCCCGGGGUCACAGGAGAAUACGCGCAAGGUCCAGAAAGUCCCCAGCUUGUCUCCUCAGGCCAUCAGGCACCUCUGGAUCCGCACGGCGCUUUUUGAGAAAGUCCUGGACAAAAUUGUGCACCACUUGGUGGAAAACAGCAGCAAAUACUAUGAAAAAGAAGCCCUGCUAAUGGAUCCUGUCGAUGGGCCGAUUCUCGCCUCUCUGCUGGUGGGGCCCUGUGCCCUCGAGUACACCAAGAUGAAAACGGCCGAUCACUUCUGGACCGACCCUUCGGCGGACGAGCUGGUCCAGCGGCACCGGAUCCACGGCUCCCACUGUCGCCAGGACUCGCCGACCAAGCGCCCCGCCCUCUGCAUCCAGAAAAGGCAUUCUAGCGGCAGCAUGGAUGACCGGCUGUCCCUCUCAGCCAGAGACUACGUGGAGUCCCUGCACCAGAACUCCAGGGCCACCCUUUUGUACGGCAAGAACAACGUCCUGGUGCAGCCGCGAGAUGACAUGGAGGCCAUUCCGGGAUACCUGUCCCUUCACCAGACUGCUGACAUCAUGACGCUGAAGUGGACUCCGAACCAGCUGAUGAACGGCUCCGUGGGAGACUUGGACUACGAGAAAAGCGUGUACUGGGACUACGCCAUGACCAUCCGCCUGGAGGAGAUCGUCUACCUGCACUGCCACCAACAGGUAGACAGCGGUGGGACAGUCGUUCUGGUGAGUCAAGACGGGAUCCAGCGUCCUCCGCUGCGCUUCCCCAGAGGGGGUCACCUCCUGCAGUUCCUCUCUUGCCUUGAAAACGGACUCCUGCCCCACGGCCAGCUGGACCCACCGCUCUGGUCGCAGAGGGGGAAGGGGAAAGUCUUUCCAAAGUUGAAAAAGCGCAGCCCCCAAGGAUCAGCAGAGUCCAUGUCAGACAAGGAGGAGGAUGAAGCCACAGACUACGUUUUCCGAAUCCUCUACCCUGGAACGCAGUCAGAGUUCGCCCCCUACGACCUGAUGGACGGGCCCGGGAGUGGCCUUCCCUCCAUCUGGCAGCCGAGCACCCGCAAGUCCUCCUGCUCCUCUUGCUCCCAGAGCGGCUCGACAGAGAGUGGCCCCUCCAACGGCUGCAACCACGAAAGAGCUCCGCUCAAGCUCCUGUGUGACAACAUGAAGUACCAGAUCCUCUCCCGGGCUUUCUAUGGCUGGCUGGCCUACUGCCGCCAUCUCUCCACGGUGCGCACUCACCUGUCAGCGCUGGUGAACCACGACAUUGUGUCUCCCAGUGUACCUUGCGAUGCCAGUCUGGGUCUGACGGCGGAGAUCUGGGAGACGUUCAUGCAGGACAGCUCGAGCUACGAGGAGAAGGAGCUGCUACGCCUGGUCUACUUUGGAGGAGUCCAGCCUGAGAUCCGGAAAGCCGUCUGGCCGUUCCUCCUGGGACAUUACCAGAUCGGAAUGUCGGAAGCCGAGAGGAGAGAGAUUGACCACCAGACCCACGCCUGCUACGUGCAGACCAUGGCGGAGUGGCUGGGCUGCGAGGCCAUCGUCAGGCAGCGGGAGAAGGAGUCGCACGCGGCCGCCCUCGCCAAGUGCAACUCGGGGGCCAGCCUCGACUCCCACCUGGAGCGCCUGAUGCACCGCGACUCCACCAUCAGCAACGACUCUUCCCAGAGUGGCAGUUCUGGCCGACAGAAUCUGGCUCGCCUGCAGAGUGACUCCAGCGGCAGCACGCAGGUGUUCGAGUCGGUCGAUGAGGUGGAGCAGCCUGAAGCGGAGGCCCGGCUUGAAGAGGGCAAGCGAGCCAAGCUCUCCAAUGGGGCCAUCCCCAACGGGACCAGCUCCCCAGACUCCGGCCACCCUUCCUUGCAGAACUUUUCCCUCACCUCAGCAUAUUCGGAGCGCAGCUUCAGCCCCGAGGACAGUGCGAUGGAGGCUGGCAGGCCCGCUGGGUCCCAUCUGGCGGGAGUGAGCGGAGGGGGGGUCCAGGAAGCCUCUGCCAGAAAUGAGGGCCUCUUGGAUGGGAGCCUGAUGGGGGAAGGCCUGCCGUGUCAAGACAGCCUGGACGGGGACUCCUCCGCCAACAGGAGUUUAGAGGAGCUUGACCCAACGGGCAAGGAAGGGGAGGCCGCUCUGUCCACGGCAGACAGGGCGGAGGGCUGGGCCGACCGCAGCGUUGGGCAGCAGAACUCUACGGGAAGUGAAGAUGACCUCUCGGAAGAGCCGGAAAUGGAAAGCUUGUACCCGCAGCUGGAUCCACAUUCGCUGACCGUCACGGACUUGACUGCUGCUGAAGUUUCUCCGGUCUCCUCGUCAGGGGUCACGUAUUCGCCGGCGCUCCUAGACCUGUACACCGUGAAUCUGCACCGAAUUGAGAAGGAUGUGCAGAGGUGUGACCGUAACUACUGGUACUUCACGCCAGCCAACCUGGAGAAACUGCGCAACAUCAUGUGCAGCUACAUCUGGCACCACCUGGACAUCGGCUACGUCCAGGGGAUGUGUGACCUGCUGGCUCCUUUGCUGGUCAUUUUAGAUGACGAGGCACUGGCCUUCAGCUGCUUCUCGGAGCUCAUGAAGCGGAUGAACCAGAACUUUCCCCAUGGAGGAGCCAUGGACACGCACUUUGCAAACAUGAGGUCCCUCAUUCAGAUUCUGGACUCGGAGCUGUUUGAGCUGAUGCACCAAAACGGGGACUACACGCAUUUCUACUUCUGCUACCGCUGGUUCCUCCUGGAUUUUAAGCGAGAACUCAUUUACGAUGACGUCUUUUCCGUCUGGGAGACCAUCUGGGCAGCUGGUCGCAUCUCCUCUUCGCACUAUGUCCUCUUCAUCGCGCUCGCCUUGGUGGAAGUCUACCGGGACAUCAUCCUUGAGAACAACAUGGAUUUCACGGAUAUCAUCAAGUUCUUCAACGAAAUGGCCGAGCAUCACAACACCAAGCAGAUCCUGAAACUGGCACGGGACCUCGUGUACAAAGUCCAGACCCUGAUCGAGAACAAGUGAGCCAGCAGGA